ACAUUGCAUGUCAUUUCUAAGGUGUACCUACCUGAGGACAUACAGACCCACGCUGCAACUAAUCGAGAGGUCAUUGCAAAUAUCCACAGCAGUUUCAACAAACUCAGAGAUGUAGCUGAGCGGAUGGCUCAGCGCUCACGGGAAAACUCAACCGAUCUGCUUAUGUUUGGCAAAGACCUGAGUGAACUGGGCUCAGACACAUCAGACCUGCCAGUGAAUGCCACAAUGAGCAAAGCAUGGAAAACACAGAGGAAGUCACUUGUAGAGCUGUCAGGAGAAUUUGGUCUUCUUGCCGACAAAGCUGCACACCAGGGCAGCAGAGAGGAGGAUGAGGUGGUGGAGAAACUGAACCUUCUCCUUGAACAGCUGCAGUCGUAUAAAGACUUGUGUGAUCGUCACGACAGCGGUGUGUUACUAGAGCAUCAGAGAGCAUUUGAAAAGCGCAGCGGGCCUGUGGCUAAACACUUAAAGUACCAGAACAGCUUUGAGCAGCCAGAGUCUCGACUCACACAGCAGGAGAACACAAUUAUCACAAUGGAGAUGAGGCGAUAUUUCUCCCUUUUGUGUCUGCAUCAAGAAACCCAGCUGGUCUUCACCUAUCUGCCACUUGUGACUUCAAUACUGGGGACAUUUGUCCACUCACAAAUACAAGGGCACAAAGAGAUGGGUGAUGUGUGGGGUGACCUUCAUCCAAAACUGAAGGAUCUAUUUGAGAGUGCUAAUGAAGCAUCCUCUCGCUCUUCUUCUCAAAAACACACAUCCAGAGGACAGAAGACCUGUGCCAUCAUUGGCCCUGCAUAACCAGGACAGCAAAUAUGAGGGAAAUUCACAGCCUUUUCUCAGUACCCAAUAACUCUGUGUACUGCUUCAUGCCAUGUGUUUUCCUUUCUCUUGACUGUACAUGCUUUAACACCUUUCUUCAUGACUUUUCCACAGUGGCCUCAAAACAUAUUUGAA